GUCAAUGUAAAUAACGUCCUUACUACAACAGUUUAUAGUCGAGCGAAAUUGUGCAACCAACAGUUCGGUUUCACUUCAAUUUUUUCUACUACAGUACAAACCUAGUCCACGAUACAUGGCCAUAACCAGGGUAAAAAAAAGCAAGCAGCUCCAUGAUGAUGUCUGGAGUCUGAGUUCCCAGUCUGGUGGUGCUGUGUAGGAAGCGUAGCAUUGGGGUGGUGUGGGAGAAGGUAGGAAGGAUGCCAUAUUAGUUUAAUAAUAUCCAGAUUAGUUCCAGGGGUUGUAUGUGCCUAAGGGUAGGCAGUAGUUAUGAAAGGAUGAGAAAUGUACAAGCGCCUGUGUGGCCCUUGUGGUUAGAAAUGGGCAGAUCCUCCUACUGUUAUAGAGGAGAAUGUCCUCUCAUACCCGGUUCCAAAGAAUACAUUUAAUCAAUUGCAUUAAAUGUCAAUAGGGUGCUAGACACCUUUUUGGACAUGCUCUAAACAUGUCAAUGUUAAAGCGGCAACGUGUUUCCAAUCUGUCCUGGCGCACACACUCUUCUCCUCAUAUAUAGCAUCUGCCUGAAAGUUCGACAUGCUUUACAUUGUCAAAUUCUCUUGAACUGUGUCUGUAUGCCUUUAUAUAUUGUUCUGCUCCCGCAUGGCAUGUUGAUUGGAUAUAACUGCAUGAUUGAGCAGGGACUUUAUUAAAGUAUAGUUGUGGCCAUUAUACCUCUGUUCCGUGCGCUGCUGAUUGGCAGCAUUCAUUGCGUUUAUGUAGGAUUUACGCGCCCACAUUUGAUCCAUCCUUUGUGUUUGUGUGCGUAUGUGUGAGAGAAAAAAGAAAGAAAGAGACUCUCUAGGGUCAGAAAGUUCUUGAUCAUGGUUGUCAUAAUGGAGCCUUUUGUUAAAGUGUUCUCCUGUAUCCGUUUCACAUUAAUUAGCCCUGUAAUGUCUCACACAGUUAUAUAUAAUUUUUCUUAGGCAUCAGAUAUAACUGUCAAACUGGGUUCAUGGUGUUUUAUGAUGGUGUGGGUAUUUGGUCCUUCUUCUUUCUUGACUUUUGUUCCGGUCUGUGUUUGUUUAAUUAAAUAAACAAGCUAAGGGAUAUGAAGAAAAGGAUUUUUUUUAUAUUUGGUUUUUUUUUGUUUUUUUUGGAAGGUUACCUGAGCCAUGUCGGCGUUGCGUGUCACACAAAGGCGAUUCCAUAAAGGGCCAUUGUCGGACUGACCAUUGACCAGUGAAACGCGAAACCCAGCUUCCCCCUUUCUUUCCCAUCAAACCCUUGGAAGAAAGAAAAGCUAAAUAAGCCUCAGUUCAUUUCCACUGGACCCACACAGAGCUGCACACAGAGGUGAAGAGUGCAAGCGAGCACCGCUAAAAAAGCACCUAUGUUCUUACAUUUUGCAAGAGAAUCUCACGCUCUGCGCCAAGUGGAUAGUUAAAAUACGCGCAUUUUACGCACGGCCGAUAAUCUUCGUUGUAUGAUCUUUUUUUUUUUUUGGCACGCGGUCCAUCUUCUGCAUAACGCGCUUUAAAUCGGAUUCCAGUGCAUUUUAAGCAGCUUUUCCAAGCCAAAGAAGGGUGGAGGGAUGAAGGGAUGGUGUUGGAUGAAUAUCUGGCAUCACCGGUACCCCAGAGCCGCUAAAGAGGACUGAAACCUGACCUCCAGCUCCUAAUCUGCAGAUUUACAGAGGGGUAUAUAGGUAGAUUACAGCGAACACGAACCGGAUGCUGGAACCGCGCUCUCACUAACACCUGAGCAGACAUCCCAUAUCAUUUAAAACUGUUGUCCUGUUGGAUUUGAGCAAAAUGGUGGAGCACAGCGGAACCGAUGUGAAGUUUGUUAACAAGUACUGUCCCAGCUCGUCUUCUUCAUCUUCAGCCUCGUCUUCCUCCUCAUCCUCCGCUUCCUCGGCGCGCGAGAUGAAGAUUUUGGCCACGCUGCGCGGCAGCCUUAGCCGGAAAUACCCGCAAAAGAACGGCGAGGUGCUGAGCGCGCAAUACGGCAUCAACCUGCUGCUCGUGGGACUCGCGCUCAUGCUCGCGCUCGCGUACCAGGGACCCACCGUGACCGAGGAGACGGUGCUGGCUUUCCUCUCCACGCUCAUGCUCAUGCAGCUGCUGUGGAUGAUCUGCUACGUGGCGCGCCUGGAUCGCAAGCGCAAUGUUCCUCCUGAGAGAGACGCGGACGCGGCCAACAGCUGGAUUCGAGGUGGUCUGACUCUGCUCGCUGUUCUAUCACUCAUCACAGAUGCUUUUCGUGUUGGGAACUUUGUCGGUUACCAGGAGUGUGUGUCUCCUGUGCUUGGUGUCUAUCCGGUCGUACAUGCACUUCACACGAUGUCACAGGUACAUUUUCUCUGGUUUCACGUUAAAGAUGUCGUAAAGCGUUACGAGACGUUUGAGAGGUUUGGUGUGAUUCAUGCUGUGUUCACUAACCUGCUGAUUUGGAGUAACGGAGUGAUGACUGAAGCCGAACACGCUCUCAAUGACCAUAAGAGACGAUUAUCAGCAAUCGGAAACUUCAACUUUACUUUCUGGGAGGAUCAGCCUUCCUGUAACUGUACGACCAGUGCGUGUUCGAUGUUCAGCAGCAGUCUGUAUUAUCUCUGUCCUUUCAACAUUGAGUACCACAUCUUCGUCUCGGUGCUGCUCUUCGUCAUGUGGAAAAACGUUGGCCGCACCCUCGACCAACGCUCCAAUCAAAAACCUGCAUCAUCGCUGCCGUUGCUAACAGGUUCAGGGGACAGACCUUUCCUGCUGCUCGGCCCGGCCUUCGGGCUCUUGGCGCUUGCCAGUGCCAUCACGGUGCUCGUCAUCUACAUUAUCCAUGUGGAAGAGUCAUUGGAGGCACGCCAUGCAGCCAUCUCCAUGUUCUACUGGUUCGGAAUCAUCAUUUUGGCAUGCAUGAGUGUUGCUGGUGCUGUUGGGUUGGUCAUCUAUCGCCUCGAGGAUUGGCCCAUGGACACGGCACCAAAUCCGGCCAGGACGCUCGAUUCGAAGCUGCUCCUUGGUUCUUCCAUAGGCUCCUGGCUUGUCUGCUGGUGCAGUGUCAUCGCCGUUGGUGGGGCAACAAUAUCCCCCAUCUACCGAUGGGCCAAUUUAGGAUACGCCAUACUGUUAGUGCUGGAGAAGUGCGUGCAAAAUCUGUUUGUCAUCGAGUCGCUGUACAGGAGACGACGUGAGCCCGAAGGACGUGGGCCUGGCCUUCGCGCCCCACAUAACUCCAUCCUCAGCCCCAGCCAAGGAAAUGAGAAAAUCUUUGCUGUGUAUGACGGCAUCAUUAACCAUGCGUACGAGUCACCAGAUAAACACUGUGAGAACGAAAAACAUACCUACGGCAGGAACAAGGAGAACAUGACACAUUCUCACAGACCCGGGAUGCCAGAGACUCCUAACAGACAGAGGCAGGUCCUGAAGAACAUCGCCAUCUUCCUGUUUAUGUGCAACAUCUCACUUUGGAUCCUACCUGCAUUUGGGUGCCGGCCACAGUUCGAUAACGGUUUAGAGGAAGAAUCGUUCGGAUUCCCCAUCUGGAGCACGGUGCUGAAUUUCGCCCUUCCUAUGAGCCUCUUCUACCGCAUGCACUCUGUUGCCGUUCUCUUUGAAGUUUUCCGGAAAAUUUAGGCCCCGCCCCUGUACCCGUGUGGUGUUUCAUUUACGCACAGUAAUGAUGAUGAUUCCCUUUAUUGAGUUCUCGGAAACCGGGGUUACCUUCUCAUUUUUUUAACAUUCAAUUCUUCUCAAAAAAAAAAGAAAAAGAAAAAGAAGAGAAAUAAUGAAAACCCUUUUCUCCACAAUUUUGAGUGCACAGAAGAAAGAGCAAUUGGAGCUUAUAGCUUAUACAGGAAUAAGUGCAGUCUAGGGGUUUGCACGUCUUCAUUUUUAACUAUUUUUUUUGUAGUUAAUGCGACAACUGAUUCAGAAACUAGUAAGUAAACUAGUGAACUAGUAAAGGAUGCAUCAAAGUGCACUUCAGAUAACGACACUCAUAGCCUCUGUGUUUACUUAGGCUACGCAAAUCAGUGCAAUAAAUGUGCCAAAUAAUACAUCUGUGUAUCAAAUAAUGAUAUUUUACAAUCAUUAGAUCUUUAAAUCUAGAACACAGAGCAGACAAAAGGUUAGCUAAAUAAAGAAAAGGCACGCUGAUUAAGGUGUUUGGUCACGGUUUGGUACUCAUGAAAUGUGCUUUGUAGGUCAAUUGGCAUCUCUGAAAUUGUCCAUAGUGUGUGUGUGUAGGUGUAUGUGUGUAUGAUUGUGCCCUGCGAUGAGUUGGCACACUGUCCAGGGUGCCCACUUGCCAUAGACUCCAGGUUCCCUUCAACCCUGUGCAGGAGAAGCACUACAGAAAAUGGAUGGACGGAAUGAAAUAUUGCAACGUUUAUGUCAAGGUUUUUAUAACGUUGUGUGAACGUUUGACUGCAGAAGUGGGUAGAAUUGUUCAGCAUGCUUUCAUGGAAUCGAAUAAUUUAACGUUAGAAUUGUUGGAAAUAUUAACUCCAUUCGAAAUGAUGACAUGGGCACACAAAAAUAAUGAAUGAUGAUGAUAAUAAAAAAUGUAGGACGGGGAGGAAUUCCAUCAGGAGUGGGCGGGAUUUAAAAUACAGUCCCUGCACAAACACACUGCUCUUCGUUUAACCUUAACGUUGAUUUGAAAGUGAAAACGUCCAAUUAAGAAGACUUGUAUUAGUCAACUAACUAUGCAACCCUGACUCUCUACUGUGUUUGGAUGGGAAGCACAGCUCAUGGUUUCUGUCGCUCCUCUGAUUGGAUGAAAUUGUUUCAUAUUCAAUCCACGAGUGGAUUGUCUUAGCUUUCACGCUACUGUAAUCAGAUCUUUGCUUUCUCUCUGUCAAAGUCAUUACACCAAUAGAAGGUUUUGUUACACCAAUAGAAGCUUUUUUUUUUCACUGUGACGUCUGUUUACUGCAUUGUGAUUGGCCAUUGAAGCUAUUCCUUCCAUCAUCUCCCUAUUGGGAUUGAACUGAAAGGUGACCUUUUCUCUCCUUCUCUUGGACAGAAGACAAGCCUUUGACCUUCUCCUUAAUGUAAUCAGAUGGAAGAGGAACCUGUUUUUUUUUUUGUCCUUCUUUUUUUAUCGCUUUCCCAAAGUGACUGAAUGGACAGAAAGGCUUCCUGCUUUAAUUCCAAUGUGUUUAGACAGAAUGUAGAACGUGUGGGUUUUUUCCUCCACGUUGUGAACAGAAGGAUUUUGAAUUCUUCCGACGGCGAGCUGGAUACAGGAGCGUUCACACAUCUCCGUGAGCUGAUGUUUCACUCGACACUCGGCACUUUUCCCAGACCUGUACACAUGCUGUAACACACUCAAACACUUCUCGACUCUACAGGUGCUCUCGUUAUUUUCUCUCAGUGCGAGUUUGUUGGUGCUAACUCAAAAAUGCUUCAGGUUAGCAACAACCAGAAAACCAGACAGCAGAUAUGACUGUGAGCAGAAAAAAAAGAUGUAUAAAGAUGUAUAAAAGAACAAGUUUAUUAAUAAGGUUUUUUUUUUUAAUGUUUUGAAUCAGGUCUAGUGGAAUGAAUCCAUCUGAGUGUCUCACUGUCCACUUUAUUAAGAACACCUUUGUGCAGUUAUCUCCUGUAAUCGGCCAAUCAGGUGGCAGCAGGACGAUAUAUAGUAUCAUACAGAGACUGGUUCAUGGUUACAUCAAACACCAAAAUAGUGAAAAUGUCUGAUCUCUGUUAGUAUCAGAUGACCACGUGGGCCGGUUCGUGUGUCUACAAGCUGAAACACCUUGUCGAUGAGAGAAAUCAGAGGUCUGAGCUGACAGGAAAACUAUAGUAACUCAAACAAUAGCUGUUUCCAACCGUGGUGGACAGAAAAGCAUCUCAGCAUGAUCAAAGCAUCAAACAUUGAGGAGAACGGUCUACAACAGCACAAGACCGUAUUAGGUUUCAGAUCACGAAGCAAUCACCACUAGGCGAGAUGCCUAUGACAGCCUCAGAUUCUUGUUCUUUGGCGAACAGGAGUGGAACUCGAUGAGGUCUUCUGCUGUUGUAGCUCCUCCACCUCAAGGUUUAGUGCAUGCUGAGUUCUUUUGGUCAUCUCCUCUAUGCUCGGACCUUCUUUUUUACAUUUUCCUCCGAACCCUCUUACCAACAAAGAGACUUUUUCUUCAUUCCGAUAUUUGAUGUGAAGGUGAUUUUAUUUUUGCCACCUGACUGGCUGAUUAGGGAACUUCAUGACUGUGCAGGUGUUCAGCUGUUCCUAUUAAACCAGGUGGUGAGUUUAUAUCGAUACCGAUAUCCGAUAAGCCCUUCAUCUCCCGGCUCAUCGUCGAGUUCUUCAUAUUAAAAGUAUAGAAUUCAUUAAAUAUGAUUUAUUAUUUAGACUCUGUAGAGAAAUUAUUAGGAAGGAAAUGUAGAAGGUUAGUCUGGGCCUUUCAGGGAGUGUAAUGGGUUCGUUUUUUCCCCAUUUCUGGUGCAGUUCAAUUUCUCAACACUGAAGGUUUUUUUUGUUUGUUUUUUUUGUUUUGUUUUUUAAGUUUUGUUGUUCUUUAUUUUUCGAAAUCACUUGAAUCACUUGCAAUUGUUCUCACUUGUAUCUGGAAGAAACUUUACUUUAAUUUUAUUGACACCGUGCUAAAGUUAUGAUGCCGUCGUUAUGUGUCCUGAAGAUGAUAAAAACCAAAACAGAACUUAUCUGAU